UACUGUACUCUCACCCACUGAUCUUGGCUCAUUGUGAAACGUAUUCAACUCAGUGAACAAAGUCACACUCGACUUUGUUAAACCUAUAUGCCAUUUUGUUGUUCUUUUGACAAAGCUGAGUCUUUGGUUACCUUGUACAGCGUUGCUAGGAAACUUUAGAAAGGUUGAGCCCCUGUCAUGAACUACAGGUCAGAAUGAGCCUUACACAGUGUUCAAUAUCUCUAUAUGUUUACCAGAAGCCAUGUAAAAAAAACAGGAACAAAAAAUGACUUGCUCAUUAAAAUUCCAGUGAUGAAAAGCUUCAUGUUCGUCAAGGGUAAGUUUAGAACACAUCAGAAUGCAUACAAGGCAUCCAUUACAACUAAUUUGUACCACUAGACAGACAGGUUGAAAUGCAGUACACCAUAAACCAAUCUCUCCAUAAACACAGUAGACAGAAUGGUUCUUUACGAUCAUUUGCUCCUUUAGUUUCAACAAUAACAUCCCUUACUAAAGUACAAAUAGAACUAAGUAUUUCACUGGCACGUCAUGCCCACAUUUUAUUUCAUACUUAUCAGACACAUUUAUAACUGACUAACAGUGUGAUACGGUCGGGUAUACAUUUUCUCAAUACGUAUGCUCCCUGGAUAUUGAGUAUAUAAGCUUGGUGUUUGGUACAGGAACGCUGUACCAAAUAAUAAUAUCUGUCCAAAUAGUAAUGUUGAUUAAUGUCAAAAUCUUCUACUGUAUACCAAAGUGAGAGUAAAGCACCAACGUGCUGUCUGAUAUUACCUUGCAGUACACAGCUGCUGGUUUGGGUGGAUGACAUUGUGGGGGUACACAGAUGUCAUAAAUUGAAGUGUCAACUGAAAUCCAACCAAAAUAAAGUAUAAAUAAUAAGUAAUAAUUAGUUUGCUAAAGCAGUACUAUUGAAGAAAGGGGGAAAUUAUUAGCCAUCCUGCUGUUGUGCAGUGUAGGACUUAGGAUAGACUUUAGAUAUUUAUUUUAAAAGGUUUAGGCGAUCUGGGGAACAGUUUAGGCUUUAGUCAUUUUCAUGUUGUCUCCUAGGAUUAUCAUCAUUAAUUUAGAUCUACACACACAAAGCCACAAGGUCACAUUAAAAAGUCCAAAGUCCCUAAGAAUACUGCAAGGAAAUAUUUCUAUAAUUAUUUAGAAGCUUUUUCACAUUUCUAAAGGCCAUAGUAGGUCAUCAUCCUGGCAAAGGAAACCAUCUCCGCCUAAGAAAACAUUCCUUUUAGCCAAAAAAAAAAUGCCUACUGGACUGAUAUAAGUUUUAAAUGAUUGACUUCAAUACAAAGAUACAGGUUAUCUUAAAAAACUUUAAGGUAAAAAAGGUAGGAAAAGCCUCUGGAACAACGUUUUGUUCGGCAUUUCCUACAAAUAGACAUUUCACCUCCGAUACAGCAGAUGGGAGCACGUUCUUGUACAUUGGCCUGUGGACCGACAGAAAUCCCCUAGAGAAGACCACGACGAAACGUACCGGUAGGAGUCAAUCAGCGUCAACACACGCCCCUCGUUCCUGAAACUUAGGGACAAGAAGCACUGUUGACAGGGGUACCGUUAAUGUGGGACAAGUAUUUAAGAUGUCCCUCCUGUGAUGGUGAUGAUCCUCAUCCCCCCCAGGUUCUGGAACCCCACCAUGAGCCUCCACCCUCUCAUCACCCUCUCCCCUGUCCUGGGGCUCCUCAUCCUGCAGUUGUUCUCCGUUGGCAGCACCACAGUCACUGUAGUGGCCAAUCAAACAGUUCAAGGCCUAGAUAACUGUACUAAAGAUCUGUGUAUUAAUGACUCUUGUAACUGGACUCUCUAUUGGGCAGAUAAAUCAGUAUGUUAUCUUUUGAAAUGUCCCAGCCUUGAAGUUUGCGAAAACAUCACCGUUCAAGACCUGAUGUUCGACAAAGGUGUUGGUAGUGGACCUCCAUCUCCUGUCAUCAUCAACUCCACCCCAGCCAACCCAGCCGAUACUAUAGCCCUGAAGACUACACACAGCACUUUACAUUCUGAAGCCUCUUUGGUCCAAAAACCGAAUUCAUCAGCAGGAGCCAACCAGAUAUCUAAUCAGACUGUUGACAGUGAACUUCACACCAGCAGACAUAACUUAACCUCUACUUAUGAACAGCCCAAGGCCACCACUACCACAACUAUCACCACAUUCAAACCAAAAGUCUCCAUAGCCAUAUCACCAAAAACCAACUCGACUACACCCCCUUCCCCAAUUGUCAACACGCCACCACCCCCUAAGAGCACUGCAAGGAUAGCACAAUCAACAACACCUACUACAAAAACUGUUGCAGUAACAUUAUCUCCAACUCCCAAUACACCUCUACCUGCAACCACCGCCACCACCACGACCACCACCACUCUGACACCACCUCUACCUGCAACCACCGCCACCACCACGACCACCACCACUCUGACACCACCUCUACCUGCAACCACCGCCACCACCACCGCCACCGCCACCACUCUGACACCACCUCUGCCUACAACCACCACCACUGCACUACCACCUGUAGCUCCGACUACAAAAUUGCCACAAACAACCAGCUCAACACCACCCCCUUCUGAAGAGAGGCCAUCGCCAACCACUCUGAAGAUCCUAAAUCCACCUACUCCGUCUGAGAACCCCAUAGCCCUGGCCGGUUCUCCAGAGUCUACGACCAAAGGGCCCGUUAGCAGUACCAAGAAACCCACCACCUCUGGUGUACCUCUCACCCGUCGGCUGGUGGACACCAGCUCUCUGCUGGCAGUGCUUCUGUUUGGUCUCUUGUUCUUUGUGGUGACUGUAGUCUUGUUCCUCACACAGGCGUAUGAGAGCUACAGAAGGAAAGACUACACCCAGGUGGAUUACCUGAUCAAUGGAAUGUACUCUGACUCAGGGGUCUGA